AUGCCUCCUAAGAAGAGUCUUCAACAACAACAACACGAAGAACAGUUGGAAUUGAUGAGGGAUAUGUUCUCGGAAUUCAAUCACAGGAUGCAUGAAGUACUACGUAACACUGUUGAGACUACAGUCCGAUCCGUACUUCGAGCUCAACAACAGCCAGGUGUGUUGCCUCAAGGUGAAGAACAUCGAGAAGGGGAUUUUGGUGAUGUUGAUGAUGAUAACUUUGUGGAUGCUAUUCUGUUUGCGCAACUGCACGAGCAACCAAGACGAGAUAUGAUUGUAGCUUCGUUGGGAAUCGGGAUUCAAAAACUAGACCUACCCGACUUUCAUGGCAGCCUGCAACCCAAGGAGCUUCUUGAUUGGAUUAGUUCAGUGGAGGAGCUUCUGGAUUUUAAACAAGUUCCUAAUGACAUGCGUGUUCCGUUAGUAGCUACACGUUUCAAAGGGCAAGCAUCUGCUUGGUGGCAACAAUUAAAAGAUAAACGACGCCGUGAAGGAAAAGAAAAGAUCACCUCCUGGCAAAAACUCAUAAAGAAGAUGAAGGAGGCGUUUCUUCCUUUCAAUUAUGGUCGUACAAUGACUCCGACCACAGAUACUAAACACACUUCUCCAGAUUUUCCUGUUUCCGUGUCAGAGGCUCACCAGCGCGCAUUUUUAAUCGAACAACAACCUCGCUUUGCAUCAUCUAGUUGGUCUCAAGGGUCUAUGCGCACUCGUACGGAGCUGAAUGUUGUUACUCCUAAACAGGGGUUGGAUUCAAAUCUGCAACCUAUGGGUUCAGGGAAGUCCGAUGGUUCUGACGUUAAGCGUAUUUCCAAUGCCCGUUGUUUUGGUUGUGGUGAACAAGGCCAUCGUCAGUCUUCUUGUCCUCAACAAACUCGUCGUGGUCUUUUUAUUGAAGAUGAGCCUGCAAUUUAUGAUGACGGGAGUGUUGAUGAAGUAGUGGGUGGAGAAGAAGAAGUUUUUGGUGACAAAGGGUUAGCAUUAGUGUUUCGCAGAACCUGUUUGUUACCACAAAGUCCGGAAGAAUCAUGGCUUCGCACAAAUAUUUUUCGAUCAACUUGUACAAUUCGAGGAAAAUUUUGCAAGCUGAUUAUUGAUUCAGGUAGUUGUACCAACAUUAUUUCUGAGGAAGCAGUGCAAAAAUUGGAUUUAUUUACCGAGCCUCACCCAUGUCCUUAUCGGUUAGCGUGGUUAAAUUCUACCUCCGAGAUACGAAUUUCAAGACGUUGUCAUGUUCCUUUCUCUAUUGGUGUUAACUACAAGGAUAUGGUCUGUUGUGAUAUUCUACCUAUGGACGCUUGUCAUAUCCUUCUUGGUCGGCCUUGGCAGUAUGAUAGACGUGUAUAUCAUGAUGGAUUUACUAACACGUAUGCUUUUACUUUUGAAGACAAAAAGAUUAAAUUGCUUCCAGUUCAAGAUUCCACAGACACACUUACACCUCAAAUUGAAUCAGCUCCAUCCGUGCGUGAUGUUGUUGUUUCCAAGCCUGCUUUGUUUUUGCGACCAUUUGAGUUUGAAGAAGAGAUUCGUACGACCGGGAUUGCUUUUGUGUUAGUUGUUUCCCAAGAAAAAAAUGUCUCUGUUGUGGCAGCUCCAAGUGAUUUUCGUGACAUUCUCUCCAACUUUAAAGAUGUAUUUCCUGAUGAUCUUCCUCUGGGUUUGCCUCCUCUAAGAGAUAUUCAACAUUGUAUCGAUCUCGCACCUAAUUUUGUGCUUCCCAAUAGACCGCAUUAUCAUAUGAGCCCUCAAAAACACGACGAACUACGUCGUCAAGUGGAGGAAUUAUUGGCUAAAGGAUAUUUACGAGAGAAUCUGAGUCCGUGUGCGGUGCCAGCGUUACUUAUUCCCAAGAAAGAUGGGUCAUGGCGUAUGUGUGUUGAUAGUCGUGCUAUCAACAAGAUCACAAUACGGUACCGUUUUCCUAUUCCGCGACUCGAUGAUUUACUUGACCAAAUUGGCAAGGCAUCUAUAUUUACUAAACUCGAUCUUCGAAGUGGUUAUCACCAAAUUUGUGUGCGUCCCGGUGAUGAGUGGAAAACUGCAUUUAAAAUUCGAGAAGGCUUAUUUGAGUGGUUUGUCAUGCCUUUUGGGUUAUCAAACGCGCCUAGCACGUUCGUGCGUGUCAUGAUACAAGCUCUUCGGCCUUUUAUUGGUCGUUGUGUUGUGGUUUAUUUUGAUGACAUACUAAUUUUUAGUUCAUCUAUUGCUGAACACUUAUCACAUUUGAAUGACGUGUUGUUGGUGUUACGUAAGGAAAAAUUAUUUGCCACGACUAAGAAGUGUGUCUUUGGUGCGUCAGAAGUACUUUUUCUUGGAUAUAUUGUCUCUUAUCGUGGUUUAGAGGUGCGUCAGCUGUUCGUUCUUGGCCUACUCCUCGAACUAUUACCGAAGUGCGCAGUUUUCACGGUUUGGCUUCGUUUUAUCGACGUUUUGUGGCUCAUUUUAGCAGCAUCAUGGCUCCUCUUACAAGAUUGUAUGAAGGGAUCAACGUUUCGCUGGACGCCGGAAGCUGAAACUGCUUUUCAAACUGUUAAGGAUCAUCUCACUUCUGCACUAGUACUUGUUCUUCCAAAUUUUGAUAUGGAUUUUGAGUUACAUUGUGACGCAUCCAAGGCUGGAAUUGGUGCCGUUUUAAGUCAAGAAAACCGUCCCAUUGCUUUUUUUAGUGAGAAAAUUGCUGGUUCUCGUGGUUGUUACAGCACUUAUGUGGCUGCUGACUUCUCGACACCCCGGGAGACCUGA